AUGUUGACGAGGCUCUUCAACGACCCCUCGCUGCUCCCCGACGUGCAGAAAUAUUCCGGCUGGGCGGACGACAGCGACGACGACAAGAUGAAAGAGGAGGACGGAGACGCGCGGGACAACGUGGACGCUUCGACGGGGGCGCGGGUCGGCAGCCGGACGCACUCGGAGCACGCCGGGGACGGCGACGAGGAGGAGGACGAGGAGGAGGAGGACGACGACGACGACGGGGCGGAUGAGGAGGACGACGAGGGCGGCGGCGGCGGCUGCGGGGGCGGCGGCUGCGAAGACGCGGCGGAGGGCGAGCGCCCCAAGAAGCGGGGCCCCAAGAAGCGCAAGAUGACGCAGGCCCGCAUCGAGCGCUCCAAGUUGCGGCGCAUCAAGGCCAACGCUCGCGAGCGCACGCGAAUGCACGACCUCAACUCGGCGCUGGACAACCUGCGCAAGGUGGUGCCCUGCUAUUCCAAGACUCAGAAACUGUCGAAAAUCGAGACCCUGCGCCUGGCCAAGAACUACAUCUGGGCGCUCUCGGAGAUCCUGCGUUCGGGGAAGCGGCCCGACCUGGUGUCCUACGUGCAGACCCUGUGCAAAGGUCUCUCGCAGCCCACCACCAACCUGGUGGCCGGCUGCCUGCAGCUCAAUUCGCGCAACUUUUUGACGGAGCAGCAGUGUCCCGAGGGGGCUCGCUACGGCGCGGGCUCCUUCGCCGUGCACUCGUACCCGUACCCGUGCGCCCGGCUGGCCAGCCCGCACCCGCACGCGCACUGCCGCCAGGGCUCCAACUCGCACCCGCUGGGCUCGCACGGCUACUGCUCGGCGUACGAGUCGUCUUACGGCGGCGGCUCCCCGGAAUACAGCAGCCCUGCAGAGUACGACGGUCCCUCCCUCAGUCCCCCGCUGUGCGUCAACGGGAACUUUGCCCUCAAGCACCAAGGCGCGGCGUCGCCCGACCGCGACAAGGCCUACCACUACUCUAUGCACUACUCGGGCCUGCCCGGCUCCAGGCCCGGUGCCGGCGGCGGCGGUGGCGGCGGCGCUCACAACCUGCUGUUCGGCUCCUCGGGGGGCCGCGGCGGCAUUCACUCGGAAAACGUCCUGCCUUACCACGACGUGCACGCGCACUUGCACCACGAGCGCGCGCCCGCCGCCUACGACGAACUCAACGCCUUUUUCCACAACUGA